UUUAUGGCUAUUGUAUGGUUUGUCCACGAAGGUUGUGUUUUAUAUCAAUUGUCCAACAGGUAUCACUGAUGUGUUUCAAUGAAAUGAUAUAUUUACACGGAGUUUGUCAGUAACAACUUAAUUAUCAUCAGGAAAUUGAUCGAAUAUCAUGUUGGGCGACUUCAUUUUGACAGUGUGAAGAGUUCUGCAGCAGACUCGGUGUUGGUCAUUUAUGGUAGAUAUCUUUGUACACUGAUCAGAUUUGUUUUAAAAGUUCAAUAUGUCAAUGUUUUGUGGAUAACAAGCAAUGGCUACACCAGAUCCAGUUAUCCCAACCAUAACUGUAGAACCAGCAUUGGGGAGCGAUCUGAGUAAAAACUUAAAUAAUGAAGACGACGGUCCAGAUCAGGUGGUUAUUCAGACAGACAACGGUCAACCAAGUGGGGAUAAACUCGAUAUCGGCUCUGAUCGUAAUGAAGGAGCCAAUGGUACAAAACUACGACUUAGAGGAAGAAAAAGUUUGUUUGGAAGCUCUGAGAAAAUUCAAAUAAAAGAACAGGAUUUAGUUUUGGCUGUCACAUUGGUGACAGAUGCCACCCAAGGCAGGAACUUUACUUUCAAAACAGAGCCUCAAUAUGUUCGGUCGUACAAUCUGUACCACAAGUUUUACCUAAGAUGGCUGCUCUACCUGUUUAUUCUGCUGGAUCUGUCAUUGGCAUUGGUGGAGAAACCUGCACGGCCAGGAUGGGAAAUUCCUUACUGGGCAUCCAUUACCAUGGAGAUUGUGUGUCUCAUCUACUUCCUGUUUCGGUUCUGCCAUGCAGUAUACUUCACCAAGCCAGAAAUCUUCUGGAGGGACACCAAAAACAUACUCAUCAUAGUUAGCAUUAUAUUAACGUUAAUCGAUAUCAUAGGUUACAUUAUAUGGGUGAACGUUGCUCCAAACGCUUACCCUGUCAGAUGGUCCCGCCCACUUCGCCCACUGUUCAUCAUCAACUUCUCUGAUGGGAAACAGGUACGCAGAGCUUUCCGGAACAUCCGACGGACUGUUCCGGAGAUAAUGAAUGUUCUUAUUUUGUUCCUUUUGAGUGUGCUCCUCUUUGGUUUACUUGCACUCAAGCUUUUUAGCAAAAGACAAGGUAUGAAGUAUCCCUAUGGUCAGCAGUACUUUAAGAAUUACCUAGACAGUAUCUGGGAUCUCUAUGUGUUGGUCACUACAGCUAACAACCCAGAUGUCAUGAUGCCAGCCUAUGAUGAGAACAAGUGGUUUGCAUUGUUCUUUAUUGGAUAUAUCAUCAUCUGUCUAUACAUCUUCAUGAGUAUUGUGCUGGCUGCCAUCUACAACAAUUACCGCAAAAACCUCAAGAAUGAGAUCAAAAGUGCCGUGUACAGUAAGAGACAGAAGCUGGCCCAGGCAUUUGAGAUCCUCAAAUUGAAGCGGGGUGCUGGCAAUGUCAUCAACCACAAUACUUGGUGUCAGCUGAUGAGACGUGUCAUCCCCAAUAAAAGUCAGCUCCAUAUUGACCUUCUGAUGAGGGUGUUGGAUGUUGAUGCCAACAAUACCAUAUCGAAGGCAGAAUUCCUCAGCUUAGCAGAUUUGUUGGAGCUACGACUUUCAGAGGUGCAUGACCGCCUCACGUUCCUGGAACUUAAGAUUCCGUAUAUAUACAACUCCAGGAUCAGCAACUUUAUCAAGAAAGUUGUUAGACACAAAUUUUUUCGCUUCUUCUUUGACUUUCUGAUUUUCCUGAAUGCCUGGUUUAUUGGGUUUGAUGUGGAUAGUGCUGACUGGUUCUUCCUCUCGGUCUUUUUGUUGGAGAUCAGCUUUAAACUCUAUGUCUUUGGGCCUCGUGAGUUCUUCAUAAGAUUUUGGAACAUAUUUGAUUUCCUUGUCAUUGUAUCAGCUGCUAUAGCCACUGUAGUAGAAGCAGCAGGAGGAGCUUCCAGUGAUGAGUUGCGGACACUGGAUCCACUACUGGUUUUGAGGGUUGUACGACUCAUUAAGAUAUUCGGCAGUAUACAAAGGUUCAAAGUUAUAUUGAUGACGAUUAUAAAUAUUGGACCAUCUAUACUAACAUACGGAGGAGUCAUCUUUGUGUUUUACUAUAUUUUUGCCAUUAUUGGUAUGGAGGUGUUCCAUGGCCUGAUCCGUUUCUAUCCGUACAAUGCUGACAGGCAACCUAGUGAGCUGUUCUGUGGGAAUGUACUUCUCAACAAUACAGCCUUCUAUAGAAACCACUACUGCAACAACAACUUCAACGACAUCCUCAGGGCACUUGUUGUUCUGUUUGAGCUUACUGUCGUCAAUCAGUGGCAUGUGAUCACUUCUGGGUUUGUGAUAGUUACCAACAAGGCUGCCAGGAUCUACUUUUUUGUAUUCCAUCUCUGUUGUGUUGUCAUCGUCCUAAACAUUUUCAUAGCAUUCAUCCUUGAAGCAUUUAUACUAGAAUACUCGCUACAGAAAGCUGGUAGAAUGGAGACUUUUGUGGAGAAAAAGAUCAAGGAACUGGGAUUAGGUGUUGGACAGCUGGUGAAGCCUCAUGAGUCAUUAAAGAUGGACGACAUGGAGCUUGUGUCACAUGAAGAGGAACCAGACCGAACACAUGUCCCUCCCACCUCCAGCCAUGAUGAUCAGGAUAAUGACUCAGAUGACUCUGAUGUUGACAGCAUUCCUGACUUGUCUGCCGAAGAGGGACUUCGUUUCCAUCUAAAGAAAAAGAGUAGGAAGAAAGUUGAGGUUCUACUACAGCAAAUGUUUGAGGGAGAAAUAGACCCUGAGGACCUGGGAAAUGAUUUAAAUGAGGAGAGGCCACGAACCGUUACAUUUGACUCUGUGACAUGAUCAUUCUAAGGCCUCGUGACUUUUUACCUGAUUGUCUUAUUUUAUUUUUAUACUUGAUUUAAGUUGUAUACACAAACGCUUUUGAAAGUUAUAGCAAUGGUUAAGAUGGGAGAAACUAGAUGAAUUUAAAACUUUUUAAUUGGUCAUACACAAUGAUAUUCAGUAACAUAAACAGUUUUUUUUUUAUUUAGUUGUUAUAUGUCAAUACUCAUUGUUAAGAUAUAAAUCAUUUCAGAUGUGAACAAAUCAGCUUUAAACCGUGACAUAUUAUUACAUGUGCAAUAGUAUUAAACAUUGUUUUUUGCAUAUUGUUGUUUUCUUCA